AUGAUGCUGGCGUUCGGAAGUCCGUGUAACAGUAUUCAUACAAGCAGUAGUUACAAUGCUUUACUCAAGGAACUUCAGGAAAUAUGGACUGAAAUUGGCGAGUCUGAAGCUGAUAAAGACCGCAUGCUUUUGGAGCUUGAGCGAGAGUGCUUGGAAAUUUACAGAAGAAAGGUUGAUGAGGCUGCCUCUGCAAAGGUUCAUCUUCAUCAAUCUGUUGCCACCAAGGAAGCUGAGCUUGCAAUGCUCAUGGCUACUCUUGGAGAGAUCCAUGUUAAUUCUCCGAUCCAAUCAGAGAAGAAAGCAAAAUCAUUGAAAGAUCAUUUUUCCUCUGUCACGGAACCUGUAGAGGAAUUGACACUAAAGAAACAGGAAUUGAUGAAGCAAUUUGCAAAUAUAAAAGCACAGAUUCAGAAGAUCACUGGUGAGAUUUCAGGAAAUGGCCAUUUUGUCAAGAAGAGGAAAAUGAACAAGAUGUGGUAUUACAAAAGAAGAUGA